CUGCCUACUGGUGUCUGAAGAGAGGCCUGCUGCCAUUUGAAUUGUUUUUCAGAACACCGGGCAGGAGUGAGAUGGAGGCCUCGGUGAUACUGCCCAUCCUGAAGAAAAAGCUGGCCUUCCUGUCAGGGGGGAAGGACAGGCGCAGCGGCCUCAUCCUGACAAUCCCGCUGUGCCUUGAGCAAACGAACAUGGAUGAGCUGAGCGUCACUUUGGACUACCUACUCAGCAUUCCAAGUGAGAAAUGUAAAGCCAGAGGAUUCACCGUGAUCGUGGACGGCAGGAAGUCUCAGUGGAAUGUGGUGAAGACAGUCGUCUUAAUGCUGCAGAAUGUUGUUCCGGCUGAGGUAUCCCUUGUAUGUGUAGUGAAGCCAGAUGAAUUCUGGGAUAAGAAAGUAACCCACUUUUGUUUUUGGAAAGAAAAGGAUAGACUUGGCUUUGAGGUUAUUUUAGUGUCUGCCAAUAAGUUGACUCGUUACAUAGAGCCAUGCCAGUUGACAGAAGACUUUGGUGGGAGUCUUACCUACGAUCACAUGGACUGGCUAAAUAAGAGGCUGGUCUUUGAGAAGUUUACGAAGGAGUCUACGUCAUUGCUAGAUGAACUUGCUCUGAUUAACAAUGGAAGUGAUAAGGGGAACGAGCAGGAGAAGGAAAGGUCUGUGGAUUUAAACUUUCUUCCAUCUGUUGAUCCUGAGACAGUUCUUCAGACAGGGCAUGAGUUGUUAUCUGAAUUACAGCAGCGUCGAUUUAACGGUUCUGAUGGCGGGGUCUCGUGGUCUCCUAUGGAUGAUGAGCUGCUCGCACAGCCACAGGUUAUGAAGUUGUUAGAUUCACUCCGGGAGCAGUACACGCGCUACCAGGAAGUCUGCAGGCAGCGCAGUAAGCGCACACAGCUAGAGGAGAUCCAGCAGAAGGUGAUGCAGGUCGUGAACUGGCUGGAAGGGCCUGGAUCCGAGCAGCUGAGAGCACAGUGGGGCAUUGGUGACUCCAUCAGGGCUUCCCAGGCCCUGCAGCAGAAGCACGAGGAGAUUGAGAGCCAGCACAGUGAGUGGUUUGCAGUCUAUGUGGAGCUUAACCAGCAGAUUGCAGCGCUCUUGAAUGCUGGGGACGAGGAAGACCUGGUGGAAUUGAAGUCUCUGCAGCAACAGCUCAGCGAUGUUUGCUACCGACAGGCCAGUCAGCUAGAGUUUAGGCAAAAUCUCCUACAGGCAGCUUUGGAAUUUCAUGGUGUGGCCCAAGAUUUGUCUCAGCAGCUGGAUGGCUUACUAGGCAUGUUGUGCGUAGAUGUGGCACCGGCUGAUGGAGCAUCAAUUCAGCAGACUUUAAAACUGCUUGAAGAGAAGCUGAAAAGUGUUGAUGUGGGAUUGCAAGGCUUGCGAGAAAAAGGCCAAGGUCUCCUGGAUCAGAUCUCCAAUCAGGCUUCCUGGGCCUACGGAAAGGAUGUAACUAUUGAAAAUAAAGAAAACGUGGACCACAUACAAGGCGUGAUGGAAGAUAUGCAGCUUAGAAAACAAAGAUGUGAGGACAUGGUGGACGUGCGGAGGCUGAAGAUGCUUCAGAUGGUGCAGCUGUUUAAGUGUGAAGAGGAUGCUUCCCAGGCAGUGGAAUGGCUAAGUGAACUUCUGGAUGCCCUGCUGAAGACCCACAUCAGACUGGGUGAUGACGCUCAGGAAACAAAGGUUUUACUGGAAAAGCAUAGGAAAUUUGUCGAUGUUGCACAGAGCACUUACGACUACGGCAGACAGUUGCUGCAGGCCACGGUUGUUCUGUGCCAAUCCUUGCGCUGUACAUCCCGGUCCUCAGGAGACACGCUUCCUCGACUGAACAGAGUGUGGAAGCAGUUUACGGUAGCGUCGGAAGAGAGGGUGCAUCGGCUGGAGAUGUCGAUUGCCUUCCACUCAAACGCUGAAAAGAUUUUGCAAGACUGCCCAGAGGAGCCGGAAGCAAUUAAUGACGAGGAGCAGUUUGAGGAAGUCGAAGCAGUUGGGAAGUCACUGCUGGAUAGACUCACUGUCCCCGUGGUUUACCCUGACGGAACUGAACAGUAUUUUGGGAGUCCAAGUGACAUGGCUUCUACUGCCGAGCACAUCAGAGACAGAAUGAAACUGGUCAGUCUCAAAAGGCAGCAGCUGAGACAUCCCGAAUUGGUGACCACGGAAAGCUAAUGUCCCCAGCUCCCACAGAUCUGCAGGUCAUAUGCCCACACGUCACUGGUGGCACGGCUGUGUUAGCCACAGCUUGUUAAGAUGCAUUUCCCAGCAGGAUAAGCCUCCUUUCUUCCCCCAACACGUCUCUCUAAAUGCUAACACCUCUCGGCUACCGAGGCAUAAUCAUGUAAUGUGCUGUGAUGCUCUAGACUCCAGGUACCUUAACAGAAGGAACUGUAAACACUGCACUGGGUCCUUGCUUUCACGCUUUUACCUGACUUGCCAGUUUGUAGAUGAACAACUGAUUAUAAGCUUUUGAAUGGUGCUAAUCGGAGCUUAGGAAUUCUCUAUAAGAACAUGGUUGCCCUUCCUCCCCAGGUGAUGUAGAAUAUUUAGACCAUAGUUAGACUGUUAGUGGAUAGUGGCGUCCUCAAAAUUUCACUCUGUAAUUCUUCAAAAUUGAUUAUUUUUAUUGUCUAUAUGAAGAAAACCCUCCAGAUCUUUGACAUAUCCUAUUCAUUGGAAGACAUUUUCCUAUUGCAGUUAUAAUGUAUUAAAAGUUGUCUGUGCCUCAUCAAAGUCUUCUUCGAGCUUCUCACUUAAUUUGGUAGUUACAUCCCGAUUCUAAACGUGAGUGCCUUACUAAAAGGCCAUUCUUAGGGUUGUGAGGAUGGGCUAGUCAUUUGGUUUUAAUGGUGGCUGCAUGUAUUUUAGGCAGAAAUUUCAUAUGUAUGCAUGUGUAUAUAAUAAAAAAUAAGCAUGUUUAUUGGGAAAAGAUUAGACCUUUAAGAACAAUAAUAGAAGACUAUUUUUAAUUUUUCUCUUGAAAAAUUCUGUCCAAAUUGUUAACUACUCUAAAGAUGCUUGUCUUUGGGGAAGAAGGGCUGAGGAUGAAGGUGUGCUUAACUAUUUCAAUGUAAUCUUUUAUAUCACAGUUAAUUGCUCUGGAACUAAAGCAGAAAUUGUUAAUAAUAUUUAAUAUCUCAUGAUACUAGAGAGAAAAUCAUCCUGAAGAAGUCUAGUCACAAAAACUGUACAGAUCUUUAGAAAUAAAAUUUGUCAUAAAAUGGUAAUGCUUUUUAUGUUUGUAUUAAGUUAUAAAAUGUAUAUAAUUUAACAUUGUGUUAAUUUUUAUUUUAGAAGAUUUUUUUAAAGGUGAAAAUCAACUGGGCUUAUGAUCAGUACAGAAUUAUGCAAAGAAUUGUAUGCUGGUUUGUUUUUGCAGUCUAUAGUGAUGCUCACAUACUCUCCUGUGCUAAAGCCAGUUUUCUCCAGCCUCUUCUCUGCCAGCCUUGAAGAAUUCCAUGUUCCUUGUCUGCCGUUCUCAUCACUCUCUCUGCAAACCUUUCUGUUAGCUGUUACACCUCACUCUACGAGAACCAGCCAUAGUCUUCCAGUUACCGAAUCGAAUAUUUUCUGUCUGUCACAUCGCCUCCCUUACUCUGUAUUCCUGGCAUCUCCCAAAGCCAUCUCUCGAGGAUGGUAUCUCUGCCAUCACUGUGAGUGUAGAUCUGGACUCAUUGGGAAUAGGUCUCUUGCGCAUGCGCACUCUGUAAGACAUCUCAUCCCCAGUGCCCUCCCGCGUUACCUGUCUGAUCUAAACGCCUGGCUUUCGGCCAUCUCCCUGCCAUUUUCACCUAAAUGAAGGAUGCGUCCUUGUCUCUUUCUUUCUGGAGUAGUUUUGAUUAAUGGUGCCACAGUGUCCAGGGCAAAAAUUCAACUGCUCCCACGUCUUACACUGCCACUGCCUCUGGCACCAUCCAGAAGUUCUCUCUGUACUUGAUAACCUCCUUCAGGGUUUUCCUCCUGUGACUCCUCAGUCUCACGACGGUGCUGAGCCUUUCCUGUCCUGUCCUACGGUCCUUCGUGGAGUUCACUGUUGUCCCACUUGUCAUGUGCCUAGACCUUGCCUUUUGUUUAAUAUGCUUGGUCCUCAACGUGUGUCUCAGUGUGAGCGUUAGUAAUAAUUCCUCUUCUGCUGUGGUCUGGGGUGUAUGAAAACAGUGAUACUUCCUAGAGUCAGGGCUGACUUGCAGAUCUGCUUCUGUGGAAUGUGUAUGUUAGCUCCUUAGACAUGCAACUUUAAAUGCUUGUUUCUUAUAUUCAGUAUUUGUUUCUUGCACUGAAUUUCAGAGUCGCCAGUGUUUUCAUUAUGAAUGUAAUUAUAUCAUAAGCUCACGAAUGCAAGAUUCCAAAUGAGUUAAGCUCAAUGCACCUUAAGCUCUCUUUCCUGCAAAAAAGUAAAAUAAGAUAAAAUAUGGAAAUGCCAUGUGUGAUUUGAAUAGUCACAUACAGCAAGAUACACAGAUAGUCACUCUUGAUUGGCAGAUGUCCUGCCCAUCUCUCUUUGUGUGUCUUUGUAGAUACACAAGAGUUAUGAAUAAAAGCCCAGCAAUGCCCCAAACCGACUUCUUUUAUGGUCACAGUUCACCUAGAGGACACAUGAAGGGUGUGGCUUCAGUCUGUUUGGAAUCUCAGGCCUCAGCUGUGUUGAUGCUGACAUUGGCUUCCACGUGUAAUGGAAAGGAAAUACUUCUUUCUCACUGGUUCAGAGCCAUAGCCCCCUACAUUACUGUAGUUCCUCCUAGGGAUUGACUGACAUGUUAGCUGGGCGACUUCUAUUAGGUUGUGUCUGUUUGCCUUUUCUCUUUUCACUCCCGUGUAAACUCAGUAGACGGUGGCAGUGUGGUGUCUUCUCUUAGUGCUCUCUGACUCAGCAGAGCUGUGAUGCAAAGAUGAUAGCUUCCUUUAGAUCAGUUUGACUCUGUUCCCAGUUCUCAUUGCUUUGACCUUACUGUACAAGGGUGAUUCGUUAGCAAUACUGGUGUAACUGCUCAGCCUGCUCGCUCGGGUUCAGUACUGCAGAGCUGAGUGGAUCUCUUGCUCCAUUGGGAUCUAAAUCAGCUUGAAUGUUACCUACUCUUAAUCCUUGUCACUUCUUUACUUUCAGGCGAUGUGUGGUAUGGUGUGAGAAUUGUUACGGCCAUCCUCACUGAGAACAUGUCAAGUUGCGUUUUUGACAGUGCUAAGCAAAUCAUACUCUCUCAUCUCACCCUCUGCAUGCAAUGGAAUGAUUGUCAGGUGGGCUGAAUAUAUCCCCAUGCACAGUAUACCUGGAAGAGGUCAUCCAGCUUUCUUUUAUAUGCUAUAUAAGUUUCCAGAAGAGAUUUGGUAUUCUUGUGUGGGUCUCACAUCCUACCCUAAGCAAACUCAGUCAUAAGAAAACCAUGAUGGCUGCUAACAACUAAAGCUACUAUAGCUGGUGCAAAUCUCUACACCUUGAGUCUGUAUAGAAGUCACAGAUGCUGUAUAGAAAAGCAUCAAUAAAUAGGCUGUGAUCCGCAGCAAGGCUUGUGCAGUGCCCUUUGAUUAAGCACCCAAAGGGAAAGGGCUCUAGGACUUAAAAAGAUGUGUGAAGAUAGCCAAAACAGUUAACCGAGUUAACAGACUUAUCAGUGUUACCUUGCAGUUCUAGAAGUAAAGAGUCUCAGUUGAGAGCAGAAAGUGUUUUUUGAUAUGUAGCCAACAGAUAUCUUGGUGAAACAACAUGGAUAGCAUUUGACACUCUUUGACUUCUUGAAAUCAAUAUAUGUCAAUAAAUAUCCCCAAAGCUCUAAAAUUUGGAAUGCACAAGUCAUCAAUUUCAAUAAUGAAACAUAGUAAUCUACAGAAGUAUUGAGGACUGAAGGGGCAUGAGCAGUGGAAGGUAUCAUUGCUGUAAUCCUACAGAGUAGAAAAUAAUAUUCCUUAAUCUUGCUCUGUCUCAAGUGGCAUUCAUGGAGUAGUAAAGAGGGUGUAUGUUUAUCCUCUCUGCUCCACAGCUCUGCCCCUUCACCCCUACUCGUAUCUCAGCGGUGGAUCAGGAAAUGUGCAUUUAGAUUUCAUGCUGAAGUACAGAGGGUGGAGCUGGUGCCCUCUUCAGUAGAAUGAAGCUUUAAAACUGACAGAGUCUCUUCUGGGGACGAUGACAGAACAUUAAGGCAGAAGAUAGCGCACAAGUAUCUUGUGUGCUGUGCUUGACAGGGCGUGAGACAACUCCAUUAACUCCAUUAAUUAACACAAGCCAAAGAAAGUCGUGGUUGGAGUGUAUUAAGAAGGAAACAAGCUAUAAAGCCAAGAGUGUAAAUCUGAGGAGAUUUGCAGAAUCUCCCAGUACUGGGGUAAAUAUGGCGUGAGACCACCGUUAGUGCUGGUCUCGCUUAGAGAAGAGGCGAUUUGACAGACGGGCAGUGCUGACAAUGGGAAAAGACCAGUCCUAUAAUGGAGACUUAGAAAUGGGGUGUCCCAUGAUGGUGCCAGUCUGUGUAGGUGAUGCUCAGUGUGACUCAAUGCCCCAGCAGGAGUUUAAAGCACGCUUGAGAAUAAACGCUAUCUGUGCACCAGGACAAAGCAGAACCUGUGCUCGGACACGAAGAGCUCAGGAAAGCCAGCGCUGAAACUAAAUAUUAUGAAAGCUGGGGAGUAAAUGUUUCAAAGACUCGAGAUUAUUUUUGUGAGAACUCUUUAUGAGGUGAGAUGCAGUAUAUGAGUCCUAUAUGUCAUGAUACAGGAAUUCUAAACAUAUGGCUAAAAAUAGUGACAGUCGGGCAUUUAGAGCAGAGGUGGGAAGGGCUUGAAGUAAGACAUGUGGAACACGGGCCGUGCGCGCUGAGGCUGGUUCCCAGUGAACCUUGAAUCGAAUGCAGAGUCCUUAGACUGACCAGAUAGGGUGAAGGUGCCGUCCUUUGAAGGCAGUGGCUGCUCACUCUGCAGGGUGAGGCCUCACCCCCGUGUGACUUGUUUUCUGACUGAUUUAGUUGAUAAGAUGGAGCACAAACCAGUCUUACUGUUGUAUUUUCUCCAAAGAAUGUCUUCAUCUUGGCCCGGUGUUAGCCCUCACAGCCAGUUCAGUCGCUUGAGUGUGACAUCGGGGUGGAUGGAGUUCUCAGCUCAAAAUACCGCUUGGGCAGUUUUUCACCAGAGUAGAUUGGGAACUGAUUGAUCACCUCACACUCUAAAGAGAAGUGUAGUUUUCUAAAUUGGCACAAAAUAGUAUUUGGUGGCAAUGAUUUUCCAAGGGCCUUUUAGGGACUAAAUGGCAAUGUUUUAUUAUGAAAAUUUAAGUCUAUAAAAUUUAAAAUGAUUUCAUAGUGUCCUCACCACUUGGGUGUUAGUACAUACUGCCUUAUCACAUGCCCCUCCAUCUGUCCAUCCACCCAGAUUAUUUUUGAUGUAUGUAAAAUUGCAAACCCCUGUAUACUUCCUUCUGAACACUUCGGCUUACCUCUUGCUCAUAGCUUUCUUUUGCUGUGAAAUUUACCUGGAGAGAACAUUCCCAUGCCCUGUGUGUUCUUAAAUACGUGAGUGCGACAUAGAGGAAAACUUACUGUUCUAGAACGUUCUCCCCAAUCCCUGACCCCACAUGAACCCAAGUGCUGUUCUUUUUCCAACUGUAAGUUAGACUGUUCUGUUUUAGAACUUACCUUGAUUAGCAUCUCAUGUCAAGUACUCCCUUUGAAAAGGCUUCUUUGCUACCAUAAUAUUUGGGAGAGUUAUCCAUGGAGUUGGUUUUAUUAAUUCAUCCUUGUUUUAUUGCUGAGUUGUGUUCCCAUUGAUUGUGUAUUACCAUGUGUUUUUCCAGUUUCUUAUUGGCUAAUGGGGCUGUUGGCAGGAGUGUCAAUCACCAACAAAGCUGCAGUGAUUGUUCUUACAUACAUCUGUGUGAAAAUAGUUGUUCAUUCACUCAUGGGUAAAUAGUAAAAAUUGCUGGCUUGUAGGAGUGUUUUUAAAAAGAAACUACCAUUCACUUUCCCAACAUGAUUGUUCUGUGCUCUGAUUUUUAUAUUUUGAGUGUGUAAAAAGGUGUAGACUAUUUUUUUCUGAUUGCCAUGUUUAAAUAGUAGAAGAAGUUGGGGUAGAAAUGAUAUCAUUCAUGUUUGAAUGUGGUAGUUGGCAUUUGAGGGAAGUAAGGGAGCCUGUCUGCCACAAAGUAGCUCCCCAAGAGGUUCCUAAGACGUGAAAUUUUAGAAUUAGCUCCACUCUGUAAAAGGUCAGGCUCUAAGCAUGCAAAUAUAUUAGCUAGAAGAAAUGGCACGAGCUCAAUUAGCUUACAUUUACCACCCACGUUCAGUAGGGAAGGGAAGGUCCAUCAUCGUCCAUCAUCGAGGAUAAUGAAGAACACUUUGUGAUGGAAGUGGAGUGGACCAGAAACGAGGACAUACACAAGAGUCAGUUCUGGUACCGCAGCCUGAGGAAGACGCCUGUAUGAGGGAGUACCCCCAUGGUAGUCAGGAGAGCAGAAACCAGGACGGCAAGAACUCUACCUCACAGUUUUACGUAGCGGAUGGGUGUGCUGCUGUAGACUUCUCACCUGUAAAGGUCAUAGUUCCCAUCUUUUCAGCCCAGCUGUGUUUGUUUCAUACUUGGUGACUGUUUCUCUGCUGUGUACCGUCCUCCUCUUCUGUUCCAUUGCAGUGUAGUCGCCUGUAAAAUUAUGAUCAUUAUAUGUUUCUGAUACCCAUGUUCAAAAAUACCCGUGUGUGGUUUAUCUAGCCUUUCUUACAGGAUUUCUAAGGGCUGGGAGAUUUGGCCUCUGUUGUACAUCCUUAUAAUGUGCCCAAAUUGUAAAUAUGCAAUAAAACCUUAAAAACAA